GCGCUGUCCUCGGGUCUAUCCGUGCAGCCGAGUCCUGGGCCGGCGUCGCGGAAGCGGUGGCGGAGCAGCCAUGUCGCCUUUGUCUGCGGCGCGGGAGGCCCUGCGCGUCUACGCGAUGGGCACAGCGGUGAUCCUGGCGCAGCUGCUGCGCCGCUGCCUCGGGGGCUUCUCGGAGCCAGCCUUUCCCCACCAAGCCGGCCGGGUUGCCAUAGUGACCGGGGGCACGGAAGGCAUCGGCUACGCUACCAGCAGGCGGCUGGCACGGCUGGGCAUGCGUGUGGUCCUAGCUGGAAAUGACACAGCCAAAGCAGAAGGCGCUGUCCGGAGCAUAAAGGAGGAGACACUGAAUGACAAAGUGGAGUUCCUGUAUUGCGAUCUGGCCUCUUUGGAGUCCAUCCGCGAGUUCGUGCACAAGUUCAAGAAGAAGAAAAUUCCUCUGCACGUGCUGGUCAACAAUGCCGGCGUGAUGAUGGUGCCGCAGAGGAAGACCGUGGACGGAUUUGAGGAGCACUUCGGCCUGAACUACCUGGGACACUUUCUGCUCACCAACCUGCUCCUGGACACCCUGCAGGAGUCAGGGUGCCCCGGCCGCAGCGCCAGGGUGGUCAGCAUGUCCUCAGCCACGCAUUACGUCGGCGAGCUGGACUUGGACGACCUUCAGAGCAGCCGCUGCUACUCUCCGCACAGCGCCUACGCCGGGAGCAAGCUGGCCCUGGUCCUGUUCACCUACCACCUGCAGCGCCUGCUGGCGGCCCAGGGCAGCCACGUCACGGCCAACGCCGCCGACCCCGGCGUGGUCGACACGGACCUCUUCAAGCACGUCUUCUGGGGCACGCGUCUGAUACAGAAGCUGUUCAGCUGGUGGUUGUUCAAGACCCCCGAGGAAGGAUCCUGGACCACCGUCUACACGGCGGUCUCCCCCGCGCUGGAGGGCGUGGGGGGCCGGUACUUCUACAACGAGAAAGAGACCAGGUCGCUGGCCGUCUCCUACGACCUGGACCUGCAGCGGGAACUCUGGGGCAGAAGCUGCGCCAUGACCGGCAUCCCCGACGUGACCCCCGACGUCCUCUCGGGGCGGCUGCCCCGCUGGGAAGAAGCCACACUGUCCCUGCUGCCGCCCUCGGGGCGCGGUCCCCAAACAGGUGCAUUGGCCAUCACAGAGCACAGGCCACGUGGUGUGUUGCCCUGAGCAGGGGGUCUGCUCCCUAAAUCUUGUGGUGCCAGAGUGUCACAUGGUUCCAGGUGCCUUGAAUAAUUAAAUUCUACCCUUCUGGGCA